AUGGCUGCGUCUGCUGGCGCGUACGUGUGCCCGGAUCACAAGACUUGCGUGCCGUCUGCUGCCGAGUUUACCUCCUGCCCGGGCGUCAAGGGCACCCACUGGGAUGUGAGCCUGUCGGUGGCAGAGCGCGUGGCGUAUGUGGUCAAUCGGACGACGGUCAAGGAGCAGGCGGCGCAGCUGUGGAACUGGGCGCCGGCGCUGUACGAUCCGCCCAUGCCGGCCUUCAACUGGCUGGACGAUGACGAGCACGGCGUGAAGCAGCAUCACGCUACUUCCUUCCCCAACGGCGGCUCGCUCGGCUCGACCUGGUCACCGGCAACGCUCGCGGCCGUCGGCAACGCGGUCGCCACCGAGGCUCGUGGCCUGCUCAACGGCUUUGUCCGUAGCGGCAACCGCGGCAUGUACGAAAACGGCGUGGGCAUCACGCUCUAUGCGCCGAACAUGAACCUCGUCCGCGAUCCGCGGUGGGGCCGCGCCCAGGAAGUGUAUUCGGAGGAUCCGGAGCUCUCGUCGGCGCUGGUCACCGCCUUUGUGGAGGGCAUCCAGGCACGGCACGCCAACGGAUCGAUGCUCGCCGCAGCGUGCUGCAAGCACUACGCCUUUUACGAUCUGGAAAACGAGCCGGUCACCCGCUUUGUCUUUGACGCCCGCGUCAACGCCGCCAACACCUGGGAGACCUACCUCGCGGUCUUCCGCCACUGCAUUGUGACUGCCAAGGGUGCCUCGGUCAUGGCCUCGUACAACGCGGUCAACGGUGUGCCGACCGCCGCCGAUCCAAACCUGCUCAACGGCGUCCUCCGCGACCGCUGGGGCUUUGAGGGCUUUGUCGUCGGCGACUACGACGCCGCCGCCAACAUUGUCAACACCCACCACUACUGCCCCGACUACGAGUGUGCCGCGGCUGCGGCCUGGAACGCCGGCCUCGACCAGGAGGGCGGCGGCGUCGACGUCAUCUCGGCCAUUCCCGACGCCGUCGCCGCCGGCAAGCUCUCGGCAUCGACCGUCGCCGCCUCAUUUGGCCGCCUGCUGCGGACCCGGAUCCUGCUCGGCCUGUUUGACCCGCCGACAUACUCGGCGUACAACGCCAUCGACAACUCGACCAAGUACGUCGAGUCGCCCGCCCACAAGCAGCUCGCCUUUACCGCCGCCGUCCAGGGCACGUGCUUGUACAAGAACGCGCGGAACGCUCUCCCGCUCGACGCCUCCACCGUCCAGCUCGCCGUCAUCGGCCCGCAGGCCGCCGAGCAGGCGCUGCUGCAGGGCAACUACGCAGUCGCCCCUGACGCAGGCGUAGUGACCCUUCUCGAGGGCCUCGGCGCGUACGUGUCGGGCCAGAACGAGUCGCGGAGCUGCGCUUUUGAGGCCGACACCGACUACUACCUCGCCGGACAGGCCGGCGUGGCGGCCUCGUCGCCGGCGGUCUGCUGCUCCAUGUGCUCGUGGAACCCCGAGUGCGCGGUGUGGACUUGGUACGAGUCGCAGUGCUACCUCAAGCCGGCUGGCCUCAAGCCAACCCACUCGCCUGGGCGGGUCUCAGGCAAGCCGGUGCCCUCGGGCUCGCCCCGUGUCACCUUUGCGCCGGGCUGCAACGCUGUCGGCUGCUCCGAUGAGUCUGGCUUUGCCGCUGCCGGCACGCUGGCUGCCGCCGCCGACGCCGUCAUCGUCGUCCUCGGCCUCAACCAGACCUUUGAGCGUGAGACCCACGACCGGACAACCAUCGACUUUCCGCAGGGCCAGUACGACCUCGUCUCGUACCUGCGGUCGGUCACGACCGCGCCGCUCAUCGGCGUCCUCGUCCACGGCGGCACGCUCGCCUUCCACGACAUGGUCGACAACCUCGAUGCUAUCGUCGACGUGUGGUAUCCUGGCGAGGAGGGUGGCAACGCGCUGGCGGCGGUCGUCUUUGGUGCAGCCAACCCGGCCGGCCGUACGCCGGUCACCUACUACGCCGGCGACUGGCAGCUCCCGCAGCCGGGCAACAUGGACCUGUUCUCGGGCCUCGGCACCACCUACCGCUACUUUGUCGGCGAGCCGGUCUUCCCCUUUGGCCACGGCCUCUCGUACACUACCUUUGCGUACUCGGACCUGCGGCUGCCGACGGCGGCCAUCGCGCCGUGCGCCGGCUUUACCGCCACCGUCCGGGUGACCAACACCGGUAAGCGCGACGGCGACGAGGUUGUCCAGCUCUACGUCUCGCUCCCGGACGCCACCGUUCCCACCGCCCACAUCCGCCUCGCCGCCUUUGCCCGCGUCGGCAUCGCCGCCGGCGCCUCGGUCGACGUCGCCCUCGACGUCUCGGCCGAGCGACUCUCGGUCGUUUACAACGGCACCGCCACCUCGGGCCCGGGGCUCUGGCAGCCGACGCUUGCCGUCGAAGCCGGCGCCGUUCACGUGGGCGUCGGCGGUGGCCAGCCGCAUUUUUACCACGGCGCCCUCGAGGGCGUCGUCACCGUCGCCUCUUCCUCGACCGCCUGCAACUUUGGCGCGUAG